AAUACAGAUAGUAUCCUGAAUAAAAUGGCGGUUCCUCAGUAGGAUGAGUUCAGUUGAUUCUUUAGAUUCUCUGAGGUUUGUUAGGGAGAGAGAUUCUCCUGAAGGACCAGUUUCUCUCAAAGCAGCAAAAAUGAUUGAAGAUAGAGGGUUUACUGUGCAGUGGGUGUGGUCAGAUACAGUGGUACCGGAGCAGUCGAGUGUAUAUGUAAUGGAGGAAUUCAAAACUGACCUUUUUGAUGAACUGAAUGGGAAAUAUAGAAUAAUAGGACCAUUGGUUGUCAUAUCUCACUUAACAAAGAACUGGCCCCUCCUACUUGAUGAUCCAACUCAACCAGUCCACAAUAUGACCAUGUAUGGCAUCACACUGUGCUGUACUCAAACUGGAGCAAGAGACAAAAGGACCCGUGUGUUGGAAUUGGCUCGUCUAAUGGGAAGUAGAACAACCGCUAACUUCACCAGGAGUGUGACACAUUUAGUUGCUGGUCAGGUUGGAAGCACUAAAUAUAAAGUUGCCAGGUCCUUGCAUACUCCAGUCCUCACUGUCUCAUGGGUGGAGCAUUGUUGGGAGAAAGGACAGAUUGAAUUGAUACAUGCCACUGAUACUGACAUUUUGUCAGCUCACAGGUGUCCUCCAUUGUCAGGCUGUACAAUCACUAGUACUGGUUUCAAUAUUGAGGAGAGGAACACUCUACAGCAGUUAGUUGAUAAAAAUGGAGGGAAAUACAGCAAACAGCUAACAAGAGAUACUUGUACUCAUCUGAUAGUUGGAGCAACAAACUCUCAGAAGUACCAGUUUGCUGUCCAGUGGAGUAUAUUGUGUGUUACUCCCCAAUGGCUGUAUAAGUCAAUAGAGAAAGGUUACUGUCAAGAUGAAGGGGAAUAUUCACUUGAUGCUACCAACAAGAAACCAACCACCACUGGCAGUACCACUACCAGUACCAGUACCAGUACCACUACCUGUACCAGUAUCGGUACCACUACCGGUACCAGUACCAGUAUCUGUACCAGUACCAGUACCACUACCAGUAUCGGUACCAGUACCAGUAUCCCAAUGGAGGGGAGGAGUAAUGAAGAUACUGAACUGCCUCGGAAAAGGUCCCUUGAGUCCAUAGUUACUGGAGUCCAUGUUAAGAAGAGGAAGGUUCCUUUAGCUGAUGACGAGGAAUUGGAUGAGCUAACUUUAUUAACACAAUAUCAAAAUGCUGAGAUGCCUCCAGCUCCUAGUGUUGGUAUGUUUAAUGGACUUUCCUUUUCAAUUAAUGAAGUGAUAUCGUCUCAGAGUAGAUCAGCAAUUGAAAAUGAAAUCAAGAAAAAUGGAGGUAGUGUGGUGUCAUGUGAUCGAUCAUGUGACUAUCACAUUGCUUCAUUGUCGGUCCCUCCUUCCCUGCCCUCCAGUGCUAGGGUCAUUGUCUCUAUCCUUUGGUUUGAUCACUGCAUUGGAUCUAAUGAACUGGUUGACCACACCUCUCACUUCCUGUUCCACCCACUAUCAGUUACCAUUGGAGACAAUAUUCUUAAUAACUGCGUCAUUACAAUUAGUCAGUUUGAUGGUCUGGAAAGAGAGCACUUGGUCUGUUUAUGUAAAAAACUAGGGGCAACUGUUCAAGAUUGUUUUUCUCAUUAUUCUUCUGGUGAUUUGCUGGCAUCAACUCACUUGUUAUUAAAAAAACCUCACGGUGAUAAAUAUACCAAGUCCCUAUCCUGGGGUGUUCCUCCAGUGUCUCAAGAGUGGGUCUUUGCCUGUGCUCAGUCCCAGUCCAUUGUACCAGUACGGGAUUAUAUUAUAAGGGAAGCUCCACCCACUUCCAUUAACGAGGCUGUGAAUAUUAAUGGGAAUAUGAAUAUUAAUGAGACUGUUACUCCUUUGAAGUCAUUUCAGCCAGUCUUUGAUGUAGAAAGUGCCAUUAAAGUAUUACCAAAAGAUGCUGACUCAGCAGAACCUCACUUUGACACGCAACUGGCAUUUCAAUUUGAAGAGAACAUGAAAGAAGCUAUCAAAACAAUGACUGAUGAACAGAAUCAAGCUGAGUUGAAAAAGACUUGUUUAAAAGAUGUGACAAUUUUUAUACACAAGAAGUUAACUGGAAGACAAGUUGAACUACAAAGGCUGGUAAAGUCCCUGGGGGGCAAUUGUAAGAGGGUUUAUACUAACAAUGUAACACAUAUAAUAUACCAGGGUAAAGAUACUGAACUGUUAAGAGACAGAGUAUUAUCAUCAGCUACUGAUAAUGGAGUACAUAUAGUCAGUCACCAUUGGCUAUUAGCUUGUGGUAGGAGUGGCUAUAGAGAGAAUGAGUCAUUGUAUCCUCCAAAUUAUAAUCCUAACAGAACACUGAGUAUAUUGUCACAGAAGGUCAGAUCUCCAAUCAAUAGCAGAGGAGGAGACACCAGCAACAGCAGCAGCAGUCAUAUUGAUAAUGGAAUGAAAGGGGAGGAGCUAGAGGAGGAGGGGGAGGAGCUAGAGGAGGAGAGGGAGGAGCUGGAAAAGGAGGGGGAGGGGCUAGAAGAGGUAGAGAAGGGAGAGGAGGAGGAGUCUAAAUCAGCGAGUAACCUCCUUCAAGAGCAAAUACAAGAAAUAAUGAAGAACAAUGGACUAAAUCAGAGUGGUAAAGGAUCUACACGAUGGAUACCAAAAAGAGGGAUAGGGUCAGGGUCAUCACUAUCUGCUCAAAAGGUUGAUAGUACCAGUCCUUCAAGACUAAAGAACUCAUCUAGAAACAGAUCAUACAAUAAACUAAGAAGGUCUCCGCCAGUGGAGGAGUUAGUGACAGAGUCACAGUUGAUGUCAGUAACUUAUCAAGACACUGACCAUCAACAUGAGCAGCAACUCCUGGCAAUGAUAAGACAGUCAAGUUGUACUGAUGCUACUACUAAUGUUACCCUCCCCCUCUCUCUCUCGGCUGCUGCCACACCCACAAACCCACUGGCUAAUAAGGCAACUGUUAAUCAAACGGCAUUCAAUCAAGCAAGUGUUAAAAAAACAUUACCAAUCACUCCACAAGUCAAAGUUCAAUUGUCAUCAUUAAAUGCUCAAGAGAAGUCUGACUAUGGGUCUUUAGUAAAAGAGUUAGGUGGGCUUUAUUUAGAAUCAGAUCAGUUCAACCCGGCCUGCACUCACCUGGUGAUUGGUCGUUCCAGUAGGUCAGAGAAGUAUCUGGCCGCCUGUGCCUCUGGUUUAUGGAUACUUGAUAAAUCAUACCUUGACACUUGUAGAACUGAGGGACAGCUUGUAGACGAGGCCAGUUUUGAGUGGGGUCCCUCGUUUCAGGUUCCUGGUAAAAGUACUUCACUAGAUGAAGCUCCGAGGAAAUGGCAUCUUAAAUUAAAGAAUAAAGUGGGAGGAGCUUUCAGUGGAUGGAAGGUCUUCUUGUGUGUCGAAACUUUUAAACAAAAUGGACUUCAACGUCUUCUUGAGGCAGGUGGGGCUAUUGUAACCACACCUACUCAAGCUGUGGUUGCCAUGACAACAGGAUCCCUGACUCAUGCUUUUAUUCACUUGCCGUUACUUCCAAAAGUGAGAGACCUGACAAUAGAGAACCUUGUACGACACAAGGUACCCUGCCUGAGGCCUGAUUAUAUUGGAGAAUACCUCCAAACUGAUGCAUCCACUCAAACAAAACUGUUCCUCUUACCAGAAGCCACAAAAAUAAUGAAAUCAAUUAAUAAAUAAUUAAUGAGAUUUUUAAACUGUCAUACAUUAUACGUGUCCAUCAUUAUAACUGGCUUAUUACUACUUGGGAGACAUUUUUGAAUAAAGAAUGAACUCUAUCUUAGAGUAUUUAUUGUAAGAAAUUCUUUGAUAGGUGACAAUUACUGAAUUUAAUCAC